AUGCCCUCGCGCCAAUGGGUGAGCAUGGGCGCCGGCCUGGCGGCCGCCGUUGCGCCAGGGAGCUCUGGCGAGCCUCCAGACAGCGCCCUCGGCCCCGACGGCGCCACAGGGGAGGCCGCAGAGCUCCAGGGGAAAUCGGCCGCGUCCACAGAGGCGGACCCCGCGGAGCUGGAGCGGGCCUUGGGCGUCGCGGAGCUGCUGCUGUCCGCCGAACCCCCGGCGCCGCCGGACAUGCCGCAGCGGGGCCAGAUCGUGGAUUUCGAUCACCUGCUACGGUUCGUGCGCCAGCAUCGCAGGAUGUGCGAUCUGCGAGGCUUCGAUGCCGCUCGUCCGCGGGUGGUCUACCACUGGACUUCCGAGGCGAAUUUCGAAUCCAUCGUCGCAUCGGGACUGCGGGUGCCAGAUGGCGGCAGCGUGGCGGUGGCGCACGGCAGUUCUUUCGGAAACGGUAUCUACGUCUCCCCAGAUUUCAGAUACGGCGAGGAGUUCUUCGGGUACGGCGCCCGCGCCGCGUUCAUGUGCCUCGGGCUCCCUGGACGGCAACACUUUGGCAAGCCAGAUGUCGACGGCCUCGGCCAGCCCGACGGCUACGACAGUGCUGUGGGGCGCGAAGGACAGCGCGGAGUGGACGAGUGGGUGUUCUUCCGAGCCGACCAGCUGCUGCCCGUGUUCUUGGUCGACAAGUUGGGCGUGGUCAUUGCUCGGGACGCCGCCGCCGCCGCGAUCCGAGAGCUGCACCGCCCGUGGCCACCAGCCCACCAGGCUCCAGAGGAAGCUUGCGUGGCCGCGGCGGCGCCCGACGCCAGUGCCGCGCUGCCGGAGGGCAGCAGCGCUGGCGCGGUGCACGUGGCGGCCACCAUCGCGCGGGCGGCACGGACGCUGGCAGCGCACGGUGGCGACGCCGCACAACGCUGGCCGCGGCGGCCCCAGAGGUGUGCGGUCCCAGCGCGGCCGCGGACGCCUCGAUAG